AUGCUCAUUGAUGGCGAGAAGUGGGCUUGUGAAGCUUGCGUCCGGGGUCACCGUGUCAGCAGCUGUCAUCAUAGUGACCGCCCUUUGACCCAUAUCAACAAAAAAGGCCGACCAGUCUCUCAAUGCGCUCACUGUCGCGGCCUACGCAAGUCACGGACAACCCACGUAAAGUGCGAGUGUGGUGACAAGAAGAAGAAUAGCCACAAAAAUGAUUCAGAUCCCCAUGCUGUGGAAAAGCGGGAUCUCAAGCAGGACUCCCGUCCAAGAUGUGGUUGCACGCAUGGUCAGCGCUGUACCUGCGCGCUGAAGAAGGAGCCUCAGUUAGACUCUGUACCAGAAACUGGCCUCCAUCCGCCGCUGCCGCACGCCGCACCGUCAGAACCGCCCAAGAAGCCACAGCUGACGUCGACCAAAUCGGAGGGGGCGCUCACGAUCUUCCGCGACGGUCAUCACAAGCCGGCGCACAAGCAUAACGAUAUGGCGCACAAGUGUGGUCUGCCGUACACGAUUCCCCGGUCCCAUACCAUUCAUGCGACGUCCGAUGUCGCCCGUCGAUCGUACGAGUUCCUGCCUCUAACCGAGCCAACCUUUCUGGAAAAGGCCUUUGCCAUUCAAACUCGGUCGGAGCCACCGUCGAACAGGGCCCAGCCGGCCGCGAUGCAGCCUCGUCGUCUCUCCAAAUCCGAGCACGGAACGCCCGAAAAUGCCCCGGUUACCGCCACGGAAGACAUGACCGCGACCAUUUCCCCGCUGGAUCUGUCGCCCUUCUUUCCUCCACCGCCCGCCAACCUGGAUCAACCUAGUGGCAGCCGAUCGGACUCGAUUACUCUGCCACAGCCUUCGAUGGAACCGCUUGAUCAGAUCGUGACCAGUAUGCCACCGCUCGAUGUCUCGUUCUCCACGUAUCCCACGACGACGACGACAACGUCCCCCGUGACCGGCAUGGCCUUCCAAGAUCCCUACCAGGAGCCGUUCUUUGCGUCGCCCGAUAGCGAGCACCCGGUGAGCUCGGCCACCUUCAGUGCACCGCCCGUCGAUUGGUCGAAUUUUCCGUUGUAUUCUUCGGAUGUCCCUGCCGCGACGAGCACGCAGGCCCCAUCCUAUGCCAGCUUCGACUACAACUCGGUGGCGCCUGGAUUCCCCGCGCCAUCCUCCUCGGGCGAUAUCUCGGAAGUGGAGGAUUUUGGGCCGCUGACUGGCCUGGGCCCUGCCGGCAACGACCUGCACGACCUGCACAGCGUGAGCGAGAAUUCCGAUCUGGACCAUUUCCGGAUCAGCUCGGCCUCCUCGUUUAUCGGCCUACCGCAAGCCCAGCUGCUCUCCUCGAAUAACCUGGAGGCGAUCGACAUCGACGAAUUCCUCAAGUCCGCGAACGAGUCGACGGCUGCGCUGGAACAUCAGCUUCAGGCCAGCAUGGCCAUUGAACCAAAGCCCAUGCCGGCGCAGAACAGCUUCGAGGUUAUGGCCACUCCGACGACGAGUCUACCGAUGACGACGACGUCGUCUCCCUCGGAGUCCAUGUGGCCCGCGACCAUGUUUGAUCCCAACGGUCCGUCCAUGGACGACAACAACGGCAAUUUUUAUGCUCCGCCAUGGGUAUAA